AGCGCUCACUUGCUGAGCCCUUGUGUUGCUCUAUAGGCCUCGUGUGGUCUGUCUUUUCUCAGUGGUCAUGUCGGUAAAAAUGGUAUAUAGGGAGAUCUGGGCCUUGUAAUUGUGUUUCCGUUCUAUCGAGCUCCUGCCAGAACGUAGUUUCGACACCGUCAUUCACCAUGCAGGUCUUCGGGGUUUUGCUGUCGCUCCUUACAUUUUCUAUCCAGAUACAUGCGUUUCCACUUUUGGACCGAUUGUUCUCGCGAGCAGAUCCUCUUUGCAAUGGCUACGCGCAGCUAUGCAGCCGCAAAUACUCAGACAUCACAUUUGUAGGCGACCACGACUCCGCCUUCGUCGGCGAUCUGCCUUCGCAAAACCAGAUCAAGUCACUGAGCGAUCAGCUUGGAGGUGGCAUACGCUUCUUGCAGUCACAAGUCCACAAAUGGGACAUACCAGAUCUUCCCGGUCUCGGUGAUGUGUUGGCUAUGUGCCACACAAACUGCCUUUUAGAAUUUGGCGGACUGGUCCAAGAUUAUUUGAAGACGGUCAAGAGUUUUUUGGAUGCCAACCCAAGAGAGGUCGUGACACUUCUGUUGACAAACCCGGAUAAUGCGCCUAUGAGUGAUUUCGAUGCUGUUUUUAAACAGGUCGGGCUCGACAAGCUGGCCUUCAUUCCUAGCACAAGUCCGAAUCCUCUGCCCAUGGCAAGCUGGCCAACGCUUGGCGAUAUGAUCUCUCAAAAUCAAAGACUUGUAGUCUUUAUAGACUACGGUGCAAACGAGAAACUGGUACCUUACCUCCUCGAUGAAUUCAACUACUACUGGGAAACCCCGUUCGACACGACAGAUCCCAAUUUCGCGCAAUGCAAAAUCGACCGUGCCAACAAGCUGGAUAGCAGCGGGAAGUCAAGCAUGAACAUUGUUAACCAUUUUCUCGACGUGGAGAUUCCUUUUACGGACAUCCUGAUCCCGGACCGCGAAGCUGCUGGGCAAACAAAUGCAGUCAGCGGUGACGGAAGUAUUGGUGCGCAAGCGAGCCUGUGUAAGUCGAUUUACGGCAGAUAUCCAAACGUCGUCUUGAUCGACUUCUUCGGUAUGGGCGACGCGAUUGGAGCGCAGAAGUUGCUUAAUGGGCUAUGAUUUUGA